AUGUCCAUCUACACACAACGUUCCCAGCACCAGCAACGCUUAACCGAGUUGUUGGAUGCCAUCAAGACCGAGUUCGACUAUGCCUCCAGCGAGGCAAGCAGUUUCAAAAAAGUUCAAGAAGACUAUGACAACAAGUACCAGCAACAAACUGCUGAAAUGCAACAAAUCCGUCAAACCGUCUACGAGUUGGAAAUGGCCCACAGAAAAAUCAAGGAGGCUUACGAGGAAGAGAUAUUGAGAUUGAAAAAUGAAUUAGAUACUAGAGAUAGACAGAUGAAAAAUGGGUUCCAGCACCAAGUCACCCAACCACCACCCCCAGUUGCCCCAGUAGCACAACCACCAUCAGUCGCCCCAGUCUCAGCAGUUGUUGCUCCUCCUCCUGCUCCACCAGUACCAGCUGCCCCAGCGUUAUCCAUUAUCGACAAGUCCCAGUACAUUGUCAACCCCGCUCAAAAAGCCAACCAUGUCAAGGAAAUCCCACCAUUCUUACAAGACUUGGACAUUGCCAAAGCCAACCCCGAAUUCAAGAAACAACAUCUCGAAUACUACGUCUUGUACAACCCCGCCUUCUCCAAAGACUUGGAUAUCGAUAUGGUUCACUCUUUAGACCACUCAUCAGUCGUUUGCUGUGUUAGAUUUUCCCGUGACGGCAAGUUCAUUGCUACCGGAUGCAACAAAACCACCCAGGUGUUCAACGUAACUACAGGUGAGCUCGUUGCCAAGUUGAUCGACGAGUCAUCCAACGAAAACAAAGAUGAUAGCGCCCCUGCUUCUGGUGACUUGUACAUCAGAUCAGUCUGUUUCUCCCCCGACGGGAACCUUUUGGCAACAGGCGCUGAAGAUAAAUUGAUUAGAAUCUGGGACUUGUCUACAAAGAGAAUCAUCAAGAUUUUAAGAGGCCACGAACAAGACAUUUACUCAUUAGACUUUUUCCCUGAUGGCGAUAGAUUGGUCUCUGGGUCAGGCGAUAGAUCCGUCAGAAUCUGGGACUUGAGAUCCUCCCAGUGCUCCUUAACAUUGUCGAUCGAGGAUGGCGUAACUACAGUCGCCGUGUCUCCAGACGGGAAAUUAAUCGCUGCUGGGUCAUUAGACAGAACAGUUAGAGUCUGGGAUUCAACUACAGGGUUCUUGGUAGAACGUUUAGAUUCAGGUAAUGAAAACGGGAACGGCCACGAAGAUUCAGUCUACUCCGUCGCCUUCUCCAACAACGGCGAACAAAUCGCUUCUGGAUCCUUAGACAGAACCGUCAAGUUAUGGCACUUGGAAGGUAAAACCGACAAGAAAUCCACCUGCGACGUAACCUACAUUGGCCACAAAGACUUUGUUUUAUCUGUUUGCUGUACCCCCGACAACGAAUACAUCUUAUCUGGUUCCAAAGACCGUGGUGUCAUUUUCUGGGACCAGGCCUCUGGCAACCCAUUGUUAAUGUUGCAAGGCCACCGCAACUCCGUGAUCUCAGUCGCCGUCUCCUUAAACUCUCUGGGCACAGAAGGUAUUUUUGCUACUGGUAGUGGCGACUGCAAAGCCAGAAUCUGGAAAUGGUCGAAAAAAUAA